CACAAGAUCCUGAGAGGCAGCAACUGCAACAAAACAAAAGAAAGAUGACCUCUUCAAGGUUUCUCUUCUUUCUAUGCUGUCUCCUUUCCUUACAAGUUCUCCCUCUGAUCACUCUAGCCCAGCCUCAAAUGUCGUACCAUGACUGCACUGUUGAAAACACCACCAAUGGUUCCUACCAUGAAAACCUGAAUCGCCUCCUCACUUCCAUCUACACUAACACCCAAAUAGAUUAUGGAUUCUACAAUUUCUCUUACGGAAAUGAUCCUGACAAAGUUUAUGCAAACGGUCUUUGUAGGCCCGACAUUACGCCUGAAUCCUGCCGUGACUGUCUAAAAAGUGCUAGUGAAUCGCUCACUACACUUUGUCCAAACUCUAAGGAAGCUAUUGGAGGGCUUGAUAAUUGCAUAUUACGCUACACAAAUCGCUCCAUAUUUGGUGUGAUGGAAGAAGGACCUUACUUUUUUGUGUACAGCAUGAACAAUGUCUCAGAUGUAAAUGGGUUCAAUAUUUCUCGAAAGACAUUGUUAGAUAAGCUGAGAGAUGAAGCUGCAGCUGGCGAUUCUCGCUACAAGUAUGCAGUUGGGGACAUUGCUGCACCUAACUCUCAGAAAAUCUACGCACUUGCACAGUGUACUCCUGACUUGUCUACACAGGAUUGUAGCAAAUGCUUAACUCAGGCCAUUGAAUUGCUUCCAAAGUGUUGCGAUGAGAGGCAAGGAGGGAGAAUCAUUACACCCAGCUGUAAUUUUCGGUAUGAGAUUGACCUUUUCUACGACCAUGCUGCAACUAAGAAACCUGAGCUGUCGCCAACUUCGCCAGCAUCAAUACCGUCUCCACCACCAAGCAAUGCUGCAAGAAUUGGAAAGGCAAGCAAUGUAGCUGCAACUCUCAUCAUGGGAUCUAUGCCCAUGCUGUUUUUGUGAUGCUCUCUGUAGCUUGGCAUCUCCAUUAGGAUUAGGAUUAUAUGCUUUUGAACAAGACCCUGCAAGCUAAGAGGAGGGGACGGCUGAACCUAUGUGAUUGUGUGAUUCCAUUUUUAAAUAUAUUCUCCAUUACCAGAAAGUGAGGAAAUGUAAUUGUGCUCUUUACCAUUUACUUAGAAAAUUACAUAAUUAAGAAGAUUGAAUUUUUUUGCUUUA